CAGACCAAAGGACCAAAGGCAGGGAUUUACAGUCCGCUGUCGGAAUCGAAAUCGAAAUCGGUGGCAGAGAGUCCAAGUCCCAAGCCGCCCCUUUAAUGAAUAUGCAAAAACAAGUUUCUGCCAGUUACCCUCAACAGUAAGCCCUCAACAGUGGCCAAGUGCAAUUAAAGACUGGCAGCAACAGCAGCAGCAGAGGAGAAAUAUUAAAUACUAAAUGCCAGCAUCUGCUGAGCUCCUCGCCUGUUGCCACCGUUGAAGGCAGCCAUCACCAGGAGCAGUUCCCACGGGUGUCCCCAGUCAUCCGUCCACUUUUCGAGUGCGAACAGCAGUUAUCGGCAUGCCACGCCCCCAUGAGGCGUAGCAACAGGAGCUACAAGAAGAAGCGUAAAUAAAUAUGAUUAAGCUUAAGAAUAUAUAAUAAAAGAAGCGAGAGGAGAAGGCAAGGGGAAAGUUCAAAUGAAAUAACGCAAUAUAAAAACAUAAAUAACUGAGAAAAGUACCCCGAAGAAGAAGAGGAGCGAGAAGAAGAAGUGCAAGGAAGCACGCAACAGGGACGAAGGACGAAGAACGAAGGACCCAGGCCAAGAAGGUGAAGCAUAUACACUUGGCGGAUAGAGUCGCAGAGAAGAUUCCAAAAGGACACCGACUAGAAGAGACUACGGAGACAAUACGGAGCAGGAGCAGGACCUGCAGCAGAAGCAGGAGCAGGAGCAGGACUUGGAGCUGAAGCUGGAGCAGCAGCCGGACUAGAGAGAAUCGAGCUCAAUUACGCCGCCAAACUGUCGUGUCAGCAACAACGUGAAAUGUGCAAUUCCUGGCUGCUGCUCAUAAUUGCGCUCUCCGUUGUCGUCUGCCUGUGGAACUCGCAACAAACCGAAACAUCCAAAUCAUGCCCAGCCGAGUGCAUCUGCUUGUCCCAGACUCAAGUGCUCUGUAACACGGGCGGCCUCGAGCAGAUCCCACUGCGCCAGCUUCCGGCAACGGUGGAGAAUCUGGCGCUGACCAAGAACAACUUUCCCAUCAUCAAGCCGGAUUCAUUUGCCGGUUUGCGGGCUCUCAAGAAGCUCUCACUGGACGGUAACAACAUAACGCGUAUCAAGCAGUUUGCAUUCCGAGGGUUGCCCCGGCUGAAGGAGCUCUCCAUUCAGUAUACACCACUGCAGACGGUGGCUCAGUUCGCUUUUGCCGGUUUGCAGAAUCUCUCCACCAUCCUGCUGAGCCACAAUCAGAUCCAACGGAUCGAGGGUAAUGCCUUUGCAGGCACUUCAAACAUCAAGCUGAUCCUGUUGACCAACAAUCCGUUGAUUCGCAUCGAUAGCUCGGCAUUUUCCAGCCUCACGAACGUGGGACAUUUGAUCCUGCCAUCGGGUAUACGAAGCAUCGAGCAGGACGCCUUUUUCGGCAUGGACACUGUGGGUUUGCUGAAACUCGCCUAUAUGGAUCUCAAGGAGGUGGCACCCUUCACCUUCCGAGGUCUGUCCAAUGUCCUGCUGCUAACGCUGCAGGAAUCCGAUCUUGGGGUGAUCUGUGCAGAUGCCUUUACUGGCUUGACCCAGGUGGAAACACUGCAGGUGCUCAAUAACAAAAUCGAUUCAAUCGAGGAGCUUAACUUUACCAGCACAGCGGCCAUCAAGCAUUUGAAAUUCUUUGGCAACCAUGUCCUGGAGACGCCCGAUCCGAAUGCCAUCAUUGUGGAUGGCGUGGAGCAUUUGCAGCUGGUGAGCAAUCACUUUCCCUGCGGCUGUCACAUUCACACACUGCUCGAUGGACCCCUGGCCGAGGGAGCACACAAUUUGAGUGAUUUCCUGCAGAAGAACUACUGCAUCUCACCGCUGGAGGUUAAUGGUCGUGUGAUGUCCGAGCUGGAUAUUGACUCCAUUGGACGCUGUUCCGAUCAGUUGACCAAGGGUAACCUGGGCAGUUCGGCGGCAUCGCUGGCACUGGGCCUCAACUCGAUGCUUUUGAUAGCGGUGGCCAGUUGUGCGGAGUGGCGUCAUGUGAGACUCCUGGCCAACCGGCUGGCCCAGCUCCUGGGACAUGUGGCAUGGCGGCGUCGUCGGAAACGGCGUAAAGGCAACUAGGCGGCAAUUGCCGGAGGACCAACUCCAGAUAACUGCAGUCUGCAAGUCAAGAUCAUCAUGG